GGAUAAAGAACUAAUGACAUUAAUGUUGUUUCAAAGUAACAUCGGAAAAACUAAAUUUGUUAUUAAAUUUUUUUUUUAUUUUAAAUAAUAUAUAAUAAUUAUAUUAUCGUGUCAACUAUUUCUGUUACCGCUCACGUGUGUGUAGGGAAUUGUGGAAGUGACGUCACGCUCGACAGUUCCCCACCAGUCAGGGAAAAUUUCCCUGCGUCAGUUGUCCCUACGCUCUUGUCGUGUGUACGCGUGUUCGCUGGCUAACGACACCAUUUUAGCAUUUUUAAUGUCGCUUUCUCUCGUAGAUGGAAUGUAUUAUGGUGAAUUAAAGUAACUCGUUUUGUUAAUAUCGAUGAGUGCCUGCGUAUUUCUUAAUAAAGUUGUUCUUAAACGAAGCAAAUAGCCGGAAAUAAAAAAUCGUUCGUAACUUUUAAACGGUUGAUCGAAUUUAUUCAACAAUUCAACAUUUCAUAUUAAAAUGACAUUAGAAGAAGAUUCUACUAAUGAAGAAAACAACAGUUUUGUUUAUAAAAAUAUUGAAGAAGUUACUUUAAGAUGUAAUAAUCCAAUUAAAAAGAAUGAUAUUAUUGAACAGUUUUUAAAAUUACAGAUAUCUGAUGAAUCCCAAAAUAAUAAUAAUAAUUCAUACUUAAUAAACAAAAAGGAAGAAAAUAGAAAGCAUAUUAAAACUUCUUCUGAGAGUAAAAAUGUAGUUGAGAGAGAAGUAUAUAUUAAGGAAGAAAGAAGACUUCCUACUCAUCUUAAUAAUAAAAAAUCUGAUGGUAAAAAUGAAGUAACAGAAAGAGAUUCAGAUGAAGAAACAGAAUCAUCUUCAUUGGAAAUAUUAGAAAGAGGACCAGUAAGAAAUACUUCAUCUUCUAGAGUAUCUGUAUAUGAUAUAUCAAAGAGAAAUUCCAAAAGGCAUGAAGUUACUUACACAGGAUUAUCACAGAAUAAGAUAAUUGCAAACACAAAUUCAAACAUAUUAACAAACUGUGAAGAUGAAUUUUUUUCAAAUUUAUUUUCAACAAUUAAUACAGAUGAUCUUAUCAGUUUAACUGAUGAAAUUGAUUCUUUCAAUUUGCUUGAACAAAAUAAUAUAAAAAAUAAUGAAAUAAACCAUAAAGAAGUAAAAGAGAUAAAAAUAAAAGAAAUUUGUGAAUAUCUUAAAAGUGAAAAUUUCACUGAAACACCCCAAUUAACACGUAUAAUUUCUGAAUUAGGAUCGCAUGGUUUUAGUAAAAAUGAAUUUACUAAAGAUAGUGAAGUAUCACCUGUUGGAAAUGUAACAGUUCAGUCUCAAUUUUCAAUGCCAUCUUCACCUCAACAGGCCUCAACACCCCCACAAAUGGCUGUUAUUCCUGACAUAUCACAGAAUGCAACAAUGCCUAUAAAUUAUGAAUUAGCUAAAACGGUUGAGUCUCAGCAUCUUACUAUUGUUACUCCAGUUUCAACACCACUAUCCAUUGGAUUGUGUACAAUGAUUUUAAAUGAUGAUAAAAAACCAAAUAUAACUUCAAAACAGAGGAAAAUUUUACCUAAAGUUCAAAGUUAUUCAGAAGAUUCACAACAAAGCUCAAUCAUUACGAAUACUAAAAAGAAACAAUCAAGGAUGCCCUCUGAUAAUAGGACAGUUCAAGAAUAUUUAGGCUCUAAGAUUCCAUCAAGUGAAAAAAAAGAUUUUAUGAAAAACUUUAUGAAUAACAUAAAAGACAUUGAAGAGAUAGUAAAACCAAUUGACAGUGAUGGAAAAACGAUAUUGCACAUAUUUGUUUUGAAUCAAGACAUUAACAAAACAUAUUUACUUGUUGAACAAAUAAAGUCAAAUAUAAAAUCACACAAAUCAUGUGGCAGAAGGUUGAAAGAUUAUAUCAAUAUUAGAGACAAUAAUGGAUACACUCCAUUAUUUUAUGCUGUCAGAAAUAAUUAUAAAAUUUUGACAGCAUAUCUUCGAGAGUGUGGUGGUGAUUCAUAUCUUGCUGAUUACAUUCAGAAAAAUACACCAUUUCAUAUUGCUACUUUGCACGGCAAUAAAGCUUUGACUGUAAUGGGAUUAUUAUGCCAUCCAACAAAUGAUAAUGUUGAUAUAACUAAUGCACACGGCCAAACAGUGCUGCAUGCAGCAUUGCAUGAAAAACAAAUAGACAAUCCAGAAAGAAAUGAACUUAUUAAGUUUUUAUUGAAGAAAAAACAUAAAGUUAGCAGUCAGGAUAAAUUAGGAAAGACUGUAUUGCAUUAUGCUGUUAAAUAUUGUGCCAAAACAGAUAAAUUUGACAUACUGGAGAUUUUAUUAACUGAAGGAUGUGAUAGCAGCAUUGCAAAAUUAAUACAAGACAAUAGAGGGAAAACUAUACUUCAUGAAGCAGCAUUACAAAAUCAUAUGCCUAUUGAACGUCAAAAGGAAUUGAUUAAUUUUUUGAUUGUUCAUUGUUCUGAAUUGCUAGAAGUGAAAACUAAAGAUGGAAAAUUACCUUAUCAACUAGUAACACCUGACAGAUUAUUGGUAAAAAAUGAACUUCAGUGUAAGUGGGAUAACAACUGUGGUUACGUCAAAAUAUAAAGAAUUUUAAACAAUUAAGCAUUCUAUAUAUGAUUGAUUUUUCCCCUCUUCUUCUUAUAUAUAUUUUAGAAGAAGAAAAUAUUUUGAUUUGAUAAAUAAAUAUAAAUGAAGUAUAUCAUUUAAAUUAAUAUAUUCAAAUGAAAUAUAUCAUUUU